AUGCCUCGCUGGGUUUCGUCGCACAGGACUCCUUCCGAAACCACUUCGGCAGCGCCCCUUGCUAAGAAGCCGAAACCGUCAUACCAUGGCGUCACUUCUCUCACGGCUUUCGCUAUGAUGGGCCCAGAACCCAGGUACUACCAUUUUGAUGUUGUCUCUCCUGCUGCUGGGCAGCUCCUAGACCUGGAAUCCGGCCAAUCCAGAAACAUGGCGAAGGACAUUCUCGGGUCUCUGCCAUCCCUAGAUGAGCUCAACGUGGCGACAUGGAUGUUCCUGGAACGACAGAUGAAGUUGCGAACUGACACUCGGUUUCUCGGUUGUCUUUGGUCCCUGAUUGUGCAAAUUCGAGAGGCGGGAAAAGGGCCCAUCAAGCAGCCAUUGCCUUCAGACUGCAUACGAUCCACGCUUCAUGCGCCGCAACGCGCCGUGUGGAGCCGUACCAAUCUUGCGGGACGCAGGCCUGAGAUGAGCCGGGCUCGACUUUUUGACCGCUUGACCGCCCAGACAACGAUCAAGCGACGAGCUAAGCCUGGAGACGUGACUCGGACCCAUAUCUACCCUCAGCUCAGCCUCCGAGUUCAGUUCAACAUCAAUAGGGAUACCUGGCUCACACACCGUCAAUCCAUCUCUAUUGCUCUAUUGCACACACCCUGGCAUGAUGGACGGGCCUGGGUCAUGGCAGCGAUCAACAUGAACGAUGUGGCUUAUGGCCUAGUUGUCACUGGAUGUACGGUAUGGUCUCCCUCCCACGUCGCAAAAAUUGGCGACGAAAGUCGCAAACGAGGGCCAGUCAUUUUGAGACUCACGAAUGUAUUGGCAGAAAUAGGUUGGAGGCUGGCUCUCCACGUGUAUUGGAGCGGUCGACAAACGCGCAGAAGGGACCAAUCAUUCGACCCGGAACCCGAUUUCUCUUCUUCCGACUUUGCCCGUCGUCUUCUCCCCAGGAAAUCAUACGGAUGCGAAACUGCUCUUCGCGAUGCCAGUGCCGGUCUCGGUGAACUGAAGGACGGGGAACUCUGCGGCUGGUUGGGACUGGCGCCUUGUAUUCCCCUGAAACUAUUGUUUGGGGGACGCGUCCUUCAGGAACCAGGUCCGGGUGGGCUCCUUGUUAGGAUCAUCACCCGUUGCACCCACCUAUCCACCUAUCCGCCAUCAUCACCCAUGUACACAUUCUCUGGCCAUCCCCCCAGCCCGGGAAAGCUUCCACCCCCUGAGCUGUGGAAGACGACAGCUUGCAGAGUGCAGCGUGCAGAGUGCAGCGUGCAGCGUGCAGGUCGCAGCUCGCAGCAAGGGUCUUCCAAAUGGGGUUCGCUCAGUGCCCCCAUACCCACCCUAUGUCCUCACGUCGUCUCUCAAUCAUCAGUCUUCCGCCAGGGCUCCCUGUCUUUCAUCCAUCGCCGUCUCCACUACCAACACAUCAACCCCCUUUCUUUUGAGACCUGCACGAGCGUCGAUCAGAUAUCACGCUUUUCUUCAUUCUGCAUCCCCAAACCGCGCAAGGCACUUCCGAAAUCUGUGGCCCGAUCCAACCUACAUUGGGUAGAGCAGCUUCCUGUCUGGAAGCCCAUUCAACAUCCCAAGGCCAAUCCCGUUUGUCAACUGCCAACCUCAUGCCGCGGCGUCGAUAAAUACCACUUCCUACCCCCCUCCUGUCUGUCUCUACUAGCAACCCUCUAUCAUUCGGGACAUCUUCGAGGCAUUGGACGCUCCGAACAACCGCCCAGCCGCACCAGCACUUACCUCCCUGGGAUUCGUUCCCCUGCUGGCCUUGGAUCGAAAUUGCGCCGAACGCCAGUCUUCUCCUUCCUGAAGGCCAUCUCCGGUUGUCUUCCCACGAAUCAACCCAAUAUACCGAAUACUCACACGACCACAACAAUGAUUCUCAGAGGCAUCACGAGUUCCGCCAACAUGGGCCGCGGUGCCUACGAUACCACCGGGCAGCACUACAAUUGGGGAAAGGCUGCCAUGGGGCAAAACGUUCUCUUUCUCUCCUGCUUCCCGCGCGUUUCGUCGGUCUCACACGCUGGACCAGUUUUGAUGCACAUCGACUAUAGGGCAUUAGGUAUUCGCCAUAAUGCCUACCCCGAUCGUCACUCAAGCGCCGGCGAUCUACCUACCAACAACACGUUAUUAAAGACGAAAUCCAUUCGCCUCUCUCUCCUGCUUAAGGCAUUGGUGUCUUGCCCUGUCGUCGAUGUGACAUCUUCGACUCCACUCAGCCGUGGGAAACGCCCAACAGGGGCAGCAUUUACCAUUUUCACUAUAUUCAAUAUUGUUCCCUUUCUUUGUCGGUUGGCCUUUGAGGCUGGGAUUGAGCUACAGAAAAUGGAUAGGAUUUUUGGAUGCAAGAAAAGAACUGAUUUGGAUCGCGAAUAUAGACUUGGGUUUGGGCUCUUUCUUCAGUUCUCCGGGUUCAGCCUCGUGCCGGACCUCCUUCACGCAAAUGGUUGUCAGAAGACAGGCUGGUACGAGGCUGCAGAGGAGAUAUGGGGCGCCUUACGCACCACACUACCUCUUGAUCGUACGAAGACAAACAGCGCAGCCAAUGCCCAGGACAAACCAACAACAUUGACACUUACCGAGUACCAGUGUGAACCUUCUAAGGCUGUUACUGCCGGCCGCGAGAAGCGGAGUUGGGUGGAAUUGGCAGGAUGA